UGGAAUUACGGAAAUACAUGCGAUACUGCUGAAAAGGGCUGGGGGAUGCAUUAAGAGAUCAUCGUUUUGGGGGGAAAAGUAGAAAGAGGUGAAAUGAAGAGCUACUUUUACUUCAGGUGAUACAUUCAAGGGGAUUUUCUACAUGAAGGAUGCCAUCAUACAGGAUAAAGCAUGCUCAAGUGCCAGAAUUUCGCUGACAGUUUGGACAGACUUGUGUCCUCAGAUUUCUUUUAUCUCUGCCAAAAAUAUUUCGGAACAUUUUUUUAAAAAAAAGCAACCAACUGAAUUAUGUGAAUGGACUAUUUUUCCACUUUGUAUAACCACAUGGACCGUGUUUUUGUACUGAAGAAUGUACGAGGUUUAUGCUGAGCGACUAGUCAGAAGUGUGAAGGCAACCAGCCAAAGGAAAAGAGGACAGUGAAGAUCAGGUCAAAGAUGCUUCAGACUGGAAACUACUCACUGGUGCUUCUAAUCCAACUGGUUCUGCUGGCAUAUGACCUCUUCGUUAAUUCCUUUAGUGAACUUCUGAGAGGAGCUCCUGUCAUCCAACUUGUGCUUUUCAUCAUCCAGGACAUCGCCAUCUUGUUCAACGUCAUCAUCAUCCUCCUGAUGAUGUUCAACACCUACAUCUUCCAGGUCGGCCUUGUGUCUGUGCUGCUGGGCAGAUUCAGGGCUCUGCUUGUUUUCUCCGCUCUCUACCUGACCCUCAGUAUCUGCUUCCACUGCUGGGUGUUGAACCUAAGAUGGCUCGACUCGAACCGUUUUGUGUGGACAGAUGGUCUUCUGGCUCUCUUUGUUUUCCAGAGAACAGCGGCUGUGUUGUACUACUACUUAUACAAGCGCACAGCGGAGCACAUGGGGGACCCGAGGCUGUAUGAGGACUCUAUGUGGCUGCGCGAUCAAUUUGCCAGAGCUCGUCAGUGACAACGGGACAGUGUUGAGAGAAACAAUAAAGGCUCCUUGUGGAAACUGCCA